AUUUACUGAUUUCUUGUUUCUUUCUGAUGACUGGAGGCAGUUAACUAUUACAAUGCUGGGACAGUGGAGUUUAUAGUUGAUAUGGUCUCUGGCCAGUUUUACUUUAUGGAGAUGAAUACCCGUCUUCAGGUUGAACAUCCUGUCACAGAGAUGAUUGUUGGUCAAGAUCUUGUUGAAUGGCAAAUCCAUGUUGCCAAUGGAGACCCUCUUCCGUUGAGUCAAUCACAGAUUCCAAUAUUAGGUCAUGCUUUUGAAGCUCGAAUCUAUGCUGAAAAUGUUGCAAAAGGGUUUCUACCAGCAACUGGAGUAUUGCACCAUUAUCGCAUUCCGGACUCAUCAGGGGGUCAGUUGUGCAAAGUUAACCUAGUAAUUUUUAUGGUCAAUCUGAAAAUUUAUCCUAUUUUCUACUGUGGACGAACAUGAAACUCCAAGAUA